CAGCACCAGCGCGUCCAGACGGAGGGUGUGGACGGACACUCCACACAGUCAAUCUGAGGCAGAAUAACGCUGCUAGUUCCUCCAGCUCGGCCUUCUCACAACCACACAACAAACAAGAGCUGCCUCCUAUUGACUGUGGGAUCUCGUCCCUCACUGACCCCGGUUGAGAGACUGAUGCUCGCCUGCACUUCGCUGAACCCUUUCGGCCACCCUCACUGUUGCUGUAGUGCCACGUGGACUUGUGCAGGUGAACUGUCAGAGUAGAAGUCACCUGGGACCAUGGACGAUAUCUUCGCUCAGUGCCGGGAAGGCAACGCCGUCGCGGUCCGUCUAUGGUUGGACAACACAGAGAAUGACUUGAAUCAGGGAGACGACCACGGCUUCAGCCCCCUGCACUGGGCCUGCAGGGAGGGGCGGUCCAACGUGGUGGACAUGCUCAUCAUGAGAGGAGCUCGCAUCAACGUCAUGAACCGUGGGGACGACACGCCCCUCCAUCUGGCCGCCAGCCACGGGCACAGAGACAUCGUUGGAAAGCUGAUCCAGUGCAAAGCAGACACCAACGCAGCCAACGAACAUGGCAACACACCUCUGCAUUAUGCCUGCUUCUGGGGCCAAGACUUUGUAGCUGAGGACCUUGUAAUUAACGGGGCCCAGGUGAGCAUCUGUAACAAAUAUGGGGAGACUCCCCUGGACAAAGCCAAAACUCAUCUGCGAGAUAUCCUCAAAGAAAAAGCAGAGAAGCUGGGACAGAACUUAGCUAAAGUUCCGUUUAAGGACAACUUCUGGAAAGGAACCACAAGAACCCGGCCGCGAAAUGGCACGCUGAACAAACAAGCAGGCAUCGACUACAAGCAGCUUUCAUUUAUGGCUAAAAUCAACGAGAACCAGUCGGGAGAGCUGUGGCAGGGUCGCUGGCAGGGAAAUGAAAUAGUCAUCAAAGUUUUAAAGGUUCGCGACUGGACGACGAGGAAAAGCCGAGACUUCAAUGAGGAAUAUCCCAAACUCAGGAUCUUUUCCCACCCGAAUGUCCUACCCAUGUUGGGAGCAUGUCAGUCUCCUCCCGCCCCUCACCCCAUCAUCAUCACACACUGGAUGCCUAACGGCUCGCUCUACAACGUGCUGCAUGAAGGCACCAUGGUUGUGGUGGAUCAGAUGCAGGCAGUGAAGUUUGCCCUGGACAUCGCCUGUGGGAUGGCCUUCCUCCACACCCUGGAGCCCAUGAUCCCACGCCACUUUCUCAACAGCAAGAGCAUCAUGAUAGAUGAAGACAAGACAGCCAGGAUCAGCAUGUCCGACGUCAAGUUCUCUUUCCAGUGUCCCGGCAGAAUGUACUUGCCGGCCUGGGUCGCCCCUGAAGCGCUGCAGAAGAAGCCGGAGGAGAUCAACCGGCGAUCAGCUGACAUGUGGAGUUUUGCAGUCCUGCUCUGGGAGCUGGUGACCAGGGAGGUUCCAUUUGCAGACCUGUCCAACAUGGAGAUCGGCAUGAAGGUGGCCUUGGAAGGUUUGAGGCCCACCAUCCCACCAGGUAUCUCGCCCCACAUCUGCAAGCUGAUGAAGAUCUGCAUGAACGAGGACCCGGCCAAGAGGCCCAAGUUCGACAUGAUCGUGCCAAUUCUUGAAAAAAUGCAGGACAAGUGAAAAGGCUCUGUCGACCGCCUCUCUUUUGGAGACCCUGGGUGUUAGUUCCAAGCCCAGAUCUGUCUCUGAUACCUGGUGUGGUGCUUACCAGUAUUGCCUUAACCUCUCCCGCGACAUCCGUGGCCACUGUAGCUUCUGCUCCUGUGGGGGAAUCAGCAGCAGUCUGCGUUCAUAUCUUUUUACCAAGUUUUUAUUGGUGUCUUGAUUUUUGUCUUUACUGCGCUAUGCAUUUUUUUAAUCAUGUGGACUGAGUACAAUCUUUAAGUGACCGAAUGACCUGUAUAGUGCAGCAUGGCGGUGCGUGAUAUUAAAGCAGGUUUACUGUAUGUGUUGUCAGCUAUCGGCAUUAAACAGAACGUAGAGGAAACAAUGUUUACUGUGUUGUAAAGACUUUGCUGAAUGCUGCCUUCAGAGUGAUGACAACUCAGUUGUUGAUGACUAAUGGAUUCCUAGAUGGGACAUAAAAGACGAGGCAUUAAUGGAUGUCUAAUGCUACUUAAUGAACUUCCAAACGCUGAGCUUGUCAACACACUAAAUGCGGCAGUAACUGUUUCAUUGACUUCAAAAUUAGCUGAGCAAAUUGUGUUUAUAGUCAAUUAUCAAAGACCACUUUGUCCUGUUUCUCCGGGUGUGUAGAUCUCAAGGUCACGGUGUCAUUGACCAGGAUAUUUACACUUGAUCGUGCAAUGGUGACGUUUUUCACAAGCAUUUCGAAUUAAUAAAGCAUCGCAAAUCAAAUGCUACAAUCAUCCUAACGGCACCGUUUCUUCUUUCCGAUGAUUCAAGCAAGAAAGUGCGUCCCACAAAACCCGCUAAAGUCGAUUUACCUCCAGCAAACGUCUGCGCUGCCUGUUAUUUGAAGCAACUUAUCUUUCAGUCCUCUGUCUUUCUGUCCAGCUCCGCCGUGUAUUGUGUUGCAAAAUCUGCUGACGUCAGUGAAAACCAGUUCCACGCCUGUCAAACCUAUUGCUAAAUAUAGCUCAUUUUAUUUUUGCUACUUAUCACAGAGCUAGACGCGGGGUUUGGUGAAAAUGUUGGGGAUAAUGAGUGUUCCGGAAGCAUCCUCUCGAUUGAAUCAUUUUUGAGGAACGGAAUGGGCAGCAAUCGGUACAUCUACUGUCAAUCUCACUGUCUGUUUGUGUUGUGCUGUAUUGUCAUCAAUGAAUAUCGGUCUUUUUUUGUCCAUGUUCUGUCUCUCCUGCUCUGUUUCGUGCCUCCACCCGCUUGCUUUCAUGUACCGAAUCACCCGUUGAAGCCAAAGUCUACAAUGACUUAUACAAAAUGUAUUUAUAUAUGAGUAUAUUAAAAUGAAACAUAUGGGCAUCUUGA